ACCAAUGAACGCAUCGCGGCACACGGGCACUUGUCUCGACAAGCACUGUCUAGGGGCCAAUCCUCUUACGAAACGAGUGAAGCGACGAUAUCGUCUCGGGGACGCUAUGUGGGAAGAGACAUGCAUGCGCCCAUCACAUGGAACGGGGUGGGGUGACGGGCUGGUCAGGGGCAUCAAGCGACCGCAUGGCAGACAUGGGGUUGACUGGCUUGGCUGAAGAAUAUCUGGAUGAGCCGACGUCUUGAGCAAAGACUGGAUUGUAUAUACCGACAGCUGGACCGCUCUUGUCUGCACCGGGUAUUAUUCCAUUUAUCUACUUUGUCGUACGGGAUUUGCUGUGCAAAUCGUUCGACAAGGCCGUCUACCAACCGUCCCCUCGUUACGGUAUCAUACAAACAACCAAGUCUUACACUCUUGUCCUCACAUCUUGCCAAUAAAUCAUGGCAUCCCAAACAUCGCACGAUUUCCCUCUCGCGACUGAAAAUUACUAUAACGGCGAUGGUGCGAGCGGUCAGGAGAACGCCGGGGCCGCAGAUCAUGCCGUUGACAGCGAGGCUGGUGCCUCUGGCGACAGCCCUGGUGCAAUCAGCAUCUCCGAAGAGGCCUUGAUCGCCAUCAUUGUUGUUGUUUCCAUCAUCGCCGCCCUCGGCAUCGGGAUGGCCGUUCUCUUCUAUGUCGCCAAAAAGCGCGAGUGGAAAAUCAGAGAAAACCUUCGCCGGUCGGCGCGCAAGGUUGUCACAGCUCUUACACCUCGUCGAACUGAGUUUCCCAAAGAGGUCAAGGAUUCCCUUAGCAGGUCCCGCCGCGGUCGGACAAAGCUCGAUGACGUACCGCCGACUCCUCGGCUUCGGCCUGAAGACCUGGAGAAGGGUAUGGCAAUAGAGUUGCAGUUGAAGGACAAGAAGAAGUGGGGGAGGAAAUAGGGCUCAUAAUGGAAGUUUGGCUGUCAUGAUUCACCUGUCGACUUGGCGCGUUCACGAACACAACAGCUCGACAGUAGCCUGGUGCAGAGAGCUUUUGAGGAACCUCCAUUGUGUAAAACAUAGUCGUUGGGUAUUCUUCUUAGGCGUUGAAUUUAGAGUUUCCUGAAAGUAUUGGAGCUCGCGCUCCUUCUUGGACCAG